AUUCUGGUGAUAGUUUGAUAGUGAGAUGUCCCCUGACAAAGCAAAAUCUUAGUCCUGAUAAUGGCGGGAAUGAAGCUGGCAGUCCUGGUGAAUCAUCUGAUGGUUCUGGAUGCAAAGUACAAAAACACAUGGACGAAGGAGAGAGAUCAUACUGCUGGAUUAUGGUGCUCUGGAACCCCAGUUCAAGCUAAUUUCAUAGGAUGUGAAUUUGAUAUGCUGCAAGUCUGCAAGAGAACUGCAAAUAGAGCCGAAUUUUGGAAUUUCGGAAGAGAACCAAGUAUGUAUUUCAAAGAAACUUAUGAUAAAUAUUACAAGUUUGAGCAAUGUUAUCUGUGUGAAUCAUGCUGGAAUUGUGAGAGGAAGCGACCUAUAUCUUGUGGAAAUAAUGAUCCCUCAUGUUUUAUGAACUGACACGAUAAGCUUAUGGCAAUGGACAUGAGAAGGACCAGCAGUGUGGCGUCGAGGGAGGAAGCAUCACUUCUAGAUGGGGGCUGACAUGUGCUGGUGCCGGUAGUUGGGGCUAAUAGUGGUGGGAUCUGGCAGGACAGGAGGUCGGGCCAUUGGAAGUUUCACUGACGAUGACGGCUACUAUUAAAUUAUGUCUCGAGCUUGAAUCUCUGUAUGAAAAGUGGACGUCUUUGUUCAAGCCGCGUAAGGGAGGAAAUCUUCGGUGAUUGGUCAACACAUACUCGAGAUUUUUCAGCA